GUUGCGUGCAGAGUGGCGAAUGAAGUUGCACGGCGUGCUGCAAAGGGAGUCUAGUCCGAUGAAGAAAGUGGAUCUAGACUAUGAUAUCAGCUACGAAGGACCGGGAGAUUACCGCAAGUACAUGGCCGUGGCGAGGAUCAAUGGUGUUCCGUACGGGAAGGGCGUCGCUUGGCCACACAAGUCCGCUGCGAAGGAGCUUGCGUGUAAGGAGGCUCUGGAGAGGUGGAAAGCGAAAACCCCGUUGGAAGGGAUUCCGCCGAGGGAAGAGGAGCCUCGAGGUCGUGGAAAGAAGAAGAAACCUCGAAAGGAUAAGAACAUGAAUCUGGAACGAGAAGGCAGUGCAGGGUCGCUGGUGACGAAGAUGGACGAUAGCGAGAACCUGCUGCUGAUCCGUGAGCUCUGACCUGGUUGAUUUGCUGCAAACUGUGCUCGUGCGUGAAUCUCUCUGGCUGUUGUUGUGUCUCGUCAAAGUUCUGACGUCGAUGUGACAAAGCAACGGCCAUGUUCAUCUAUUUUGUUUCCUAGCGCAAUAUAUGUACCACCAAUCACACGAUGAGGGAGCUCCGAUGCGCUGCAUGCGGGAUUUUCCUGCCAUGGCUUUCCAUGUUGUAUUCAUUUCUAUCAUAUCAUUAUCCACUGCAUUCGUGCAUGAGCUGAAUGGCAGCCGCUGGCCUUUGCGCUUGUCUGCGCAUUCGUGCGUAGGCGCUGCCUUUGCAGCACCACAAUCCACUGGCAAAAAAUCGGAGGCCAUGAGGACGGGCUCUGCAGACGUGCUUCGCUGGCAGAAACAUGCUUUAGAUGAUUGUG